AUGGAGCAUUUAAGAAUGAAUGGAGCAUAUUGGGGAUUGACCGCUUUGGAUCUUCUAGGAAAGAUUGAUGCUUUGGAUUCAAAUGAAGUUAUUGAAUGGAUCAUGAAGUGUCAACAUGAGUCUGGUGGAUUUGCUGGUAAUAUUGGGCAUGACCCCCAUAUGCUGUAUACGCUUAGUGCUGUACAAGUUUUGGCCCUUUUUGAUAAGCUAAAUGUUCUGGAUGCUGAUAAAGUUGCGAAUUAUGUUAGUGGGCUGCAAAACGAUGAUGGAUCAUUUACUGGGGACGAGUGGGGAGAAGUAGACACCCGGUUUUCUUAUCUUGCUAUAUGUUGUCUCUCUAUAUUGCAUCGUCUGGAUAAAAUAAAUGUUGAGAAGGCAGUGAACUACAUUGUAAGUUGCAAAAAUGUGGAUGGUGGAUUUGGAUGUACUCCUGGCGGAGAGUCUCAUGCUGGCCAGAUUUUCUGUUGCGUGGGCGCUCUUGCUGUUACGGGGUCUCUGCAUCAUGUUGACAAGGACCUCCUUGGUUGGUGGCUAUGUGAACGCCAAGUCAAAUCUGGAGGUCUAAAUGGUCGCCCUGAGAAACUUCCUGAUGUUUGCUAUUCAUGGUGGGUUCUUUCUAGCUUGAUUAUGAUUGACAGAGUUCAUUGGAUUAACAAGGACAAGCUAGUUAAAUUCAUCUUAAACUGUCAGGAUACAGAAAAUGGAGGAAUUUCAGAUAGACCAGAAGAUGCUGUAGAUGUAUUCCAUACAUAUUUUGGAGUGGCUGGGCUUUCGCUUCUUGAAUAUCCAGGAGUGAAAGCCAUAGAUCCAGCUUAUGCUCUGCCCGUUGAUGUUGUAAAUAGGAUUUUCUUCCAGAAAUAG